AUGCUGCCCACCGUCGCUCUUCCCUCGCAUUUCCAUCCGCAUCAUCAUAUCGAUAAUCGCCUGAGUUAUGACCUGUAUGGCCUCCAACACCCCGCAGCCGCCACGCAACGUCCUUUCCUUCAGCAGCAAAAUGGUAAUCGAACGUCCGCCGCUUCAGUGCCGAGAACACACAUGCAGUUUCCUCACCCCAUACAGCGACCGCUUUCUCUCGACGCAAGUGAGCCCGAUGUGACCAAGGCGGCGAAAACUGGGGAACAUAAUCUGAGGAGGAAGACUCCCAACGGGACUUUGGCUGCGGGAUAUGACGGCACUCCCGGUGACAGGGCCAUUCAGCCGCCGGCGGCAAAACACAUCCUGGUUUCCUCCCUUGACACACGACAGCAUCCUUCGUCUCAGUCCGUCGACAGCUACGCUUGGCUGCCUGUUGAACAGGCUUCCUCGCUACAGUACCAGGCCUUCCCCCCGGCUUUUCAGUCAGAUGUCGGUCAUACCAACAACAAUAACAAUGGCUUAUCUGUGCAGUCAGGCGGUGCCAAUGGGCCGAGCUGGGUUCGGUCUCUCAACUUUCAACCAGGCGUGGAUUCGGUCCUUCAGUCAUCGCCAAUACCUCAGUCGCCGUACUAUUAUAUGCACAACGGCCCGUCGGUUCCAACCGUUUUACCUGCGUCGUUGCAAUCCUGCUUAGGCCCGACUGCUCCUGUGGGUACAGGUCCCUAUGGCCCAUACUGGCCAGAUGGAGCUUACAUACCCUACCGGCCUGCCGCCCUGCGGGACUCUCGUUUCAUGGCCAACUCUCCCCUUUCACCCGACACGAAUUCCACCCAUCUCUUUGAUCUACAAGCGCCAUAUCUAAAUAAUUCCUCGUUCCCUGCAUCGAGCUUUCCAAACUCUGCUUUGUCAUGGACCCAGUUGCCCAGCGGCAGCAACCAUGAUCCUUCUACCAUUUUCCACAAAAACAAAUUCCCUUCACGCCAUUCUCACCAUCCGUCAUUGAGCACUACAAAAGACCAGCAUCGCAGCAACUUGCCCUUCCAUGUUCGUGCAGCCAGUGGACUGAAUACAGGCAUUUCCCCACGUCCUGUUCCCGAUGCCGUUAAAUGGCAUACCAGUUACACUGUUCCACCUUCUCUCUCGGAUCCGCAAUCUCGGGUUCAAACUGCCGAGUUCAAGGAAAAAGUGUUAUCAUGGGCUCACGGUGUGUAUGUGGAUCUUUUGGCAAGUCUUCACCAUGCAAGGAAAAACAGCAUAUCGAAAUCGUCCUCGGAUGGCCAGUCACAACGGAACCUCAAGCCCGCUAUUUACCCAAAACCGCCGCGGCAGCCUGGGUUGGAUUUCUCUUCUCAUCCAGACAUGCCCCGCCAUAAUAGCUAUCCUUCAUCCAGAUUCGACUUGUCUCCUCACGGCUCAGCUCGUCACUUGAAUAGUCGGUCUUUGUCGGGGCUCAUGUUCAAUCCGCGCACACCUGCUGACUCCCGAUUCAUGGAUGGCUUUCAAACCAUUCGUAAGGCUUCUGGCGCGUCACUUUCGCAACUUAUGGGCUCUAUCCCAUCUGAAAACACGAUAAUGGCAAGCGCUGCAUCGGCUUUGGAAAUGUUGUCUCAUUUGUGUAAUGAGAGUAACUGGGAGUGGAUCGAUGGUAUGCUGCUCGGUGGCUGUCUAGCAUAUGGCCUUGGUGACUACCAGAAAGCAACGCGAUGGUAUACGAGAAUAAUCGCCAGGGAUCCUAGACAUGUUGAGGCUAUCAGCAAUCUUGCGGCGACUUUCCUUGCUUUGAAUCAACGAGAUGAAGCACUUCAGCACUGGCUUCGCGCCGUCAAAUUACGCCCCAGUUACUUUGAAGCUGUUGAACACUUGAUUAAUUUACUGUGCACUAAUCAUCGUGGAAAAGAUGCCGUGAGCAUUAUCGAAUUUGUGGAAAAGGCCUUGCGUGUUCCAAGAAACGGUGAAUACUUCCGGUCUGACGAGCAUGCGAGCGAAACAGAGAGCGAUGCCGAAAGUACGGGCUCAUAUGACCGCGCUGCAUUCGAUUACGACAACGAACUGGAUCAUGCCCUAGGUAUGAAGAUAAAUGCCAAUGAUUCCAUCUCUGCUGGAUUCGCAUCCAGUGGCUUUGCAAUUCCCGGUUCCGACAAUGGUAGAAUACUUGCUCUGGUCCAUGCAAAAGGCAAUAUGCUAUAUGCCUUGGGUGAUAAUGCAGGUGCUGCCAUGGCUUUCGAGGAGGCUAUCUUGAUUGCUUCAGGUCGAAGAUGCCACGGUAUCAAGAGUCUGAUUAAGCAGAUAGUAGAUGCUUUCAACACUGCAUCUCACAAUGGAUACGAUCGACCUGUUCAUGAGGGUGAUGAGGCUAAGAAUCCCAUUUUGCUAUAUCCAGAAAAGGCGGUGCAGACCGCAGGUUUGGUUUUCCCACCUUAUGGAUACCCUCCGGGUCUUCAAUACGUGGCCGAAGGCUUGUCACGCAAGGCUGCAAUUUCCACCACAAGCAAUUCUUUGCUGUCUUUGGCUAAAAUUUACCAAGAUGGCAUGUCGAAUGUGUCUGCUAAUGGAAUUUCCAAGUCGGCCGCUCCUGGCGUUAGAGAUAUUCUGGCCUUGUAUUAUCUCUCUCUCUCUCUUCAACCUAGCCCAUCUACGGCAAACAACGUCGGCAUUCUCCUUGCUAGCAUUCAGCAGAAUGGGCCCUCGAAGGUGCGGCCACGCCCUGUCUCUGGCAAGACCAAUUAUCCGGACAUCCCUGGUGUCGUUCCUGGUAGCGGGACAGCGCUGGCUUUAGCCUACUACUCCUAUGGCCUAAGCCUCGACCCGAAACACGCUCACCUGUAUACUAAUCUGGGCAGUUUGUGGAAAGAUAUCGGGCAACUUCAUGCUGCUAUCCGAAUGUACGAGCUGGCCGUUGAAUACGACGGAAACUUUGACAUUGCUCUCGCCAAUCUCGCAAAUGCUGUCAAAGAUGCAGGCCGAGUUAAUGACGCCAUUGUAUAUUACAAGAGAGCUGUCAAAGUGAAUCCAGAUUUUGCCGAAGCAGUUUGUGGCCUGGCAAAUGCGCUGAAUUCUGUAUGUAACUGGACAGGCCGCGGCGGUGUUCUCCAUGGAUUUGGUUUCACAGAUCAAGUACAUGUCGAUGAUAACGGAUUACCGCGCGAUGUCGACAAAAUACAGGUUGGCUUCGGGUGGAUGAAGCGCGUGGUUGACAUCGUGGAUAAGCAGUUAAAGGACGGUGAAAGCUGGGGACAUGGCACUUUGUCAUCCGCAGUGGUUGAGCAGAUAUGUGCGCAAGUGUCGGCCGUAGCGCAGCACAAUGCCAAUGCGAGCAAAUUGAAUGCGAUGCUACGAUCUUGGGCAGGCCAGAAAUGGGAGGGCUCUAGAAUUGUUAAGCUUGUGGAGCGUAUUAUCCGCUCUAUUACCUGGCAAUGGUACCAAGAUCUCUAUGUUUAUGGCAAAGAAUAUCCCUUGUCCAGGUAUAAGAGACCUCAAUUACCGGCAGGUCUCACAGCACCCAAUGCUCCGACAGUGCUUCCAUUUCACACAUUUACUUGCCCUUUGUCUGCAAAGCAAAUCCGACACAUUUCGCAACGUAACGGCCUGCGGAUCUCUACCUCGACCCUCCGCUCACCGUGGCUCCCUAGCACAGUGUAUCCACCGCCAAAGCCACCGCAGCCUUAUCUGAAGGUUGGGUAUGUGUCGUCGGAUUUCAAUAACCAUCCUCUCGCACAUCUAAUGCAGUCUGUUUUUGGAUUUCACAACCCCAAUCGUGUCAAAGCCUACUGUUACGCGACAACCCCAAGUGACAAUUCCACACAUCGCCAGCAGAUUGAACGCGAAGCGCCGCAGUUCUAUGAUGCAAGCGUCUGGUCUGUUGAUCGAUUGGUUCAGCAGAUUGUUCGCGAUGGGAUUCAUAUCUUGGUCAACCUUAAUGGGUACACGAGAGGUGCACGAAAUGAAGUUUUUGCUGCUCGUCCAGCCCCGAUACAUAUGUCGUUUAUGGGCUUCGCCGGUACUCUAGGUGCCCAGUGGUGUGAUUAUAUUCUUGCAGAUGAAAUAUCUAUCCCACGCGACACACUGAGUCCUGGGAGGCGAGAGUAUCGUAUUGAGGACCGUGGAUUCGAAGAUGAGCGCACAGAGGAAAUGGAGAAUUGGAUGUAUGAUGAAAGGAUCGUUUAUACCCGAGACACCUUUUUCUGUUGUGAUCAUCGACAGAGCGCACCAGAUAGUGAUGCCGCGCCCAUUAGUUGGGAUCGAGAACAGGAGAGACGCUGGAAAAUGAGAAAGGAGCUGUUUCCGAAUAUUCCAGAUGACGCCAUUAUUCUUGGAAAUUUCAAUCAACUUUAUAAGAUUGAACCGACCACAUUCCGUACAUGGCUUCGCAUCCUCUCCGACAUUCCAAAAGCUGUCCUGUGGUUACUUCGCUUCCCUGAGCUUGGGGAGCAUCAUCUCAAAGAGUGUGCGGUGAAAUGGGCUAAUGAGGAAAUUGCAUCUCGUAUUAUCUUCACCGACGUUGCUCCUAAACAAACGCACAUCGCACGAGCCCAAGUGGUGGAUCUCUUCUUGGAUACACCCGAGUGCAACGCACACACCACAGCUGCCGACAUUCUCUGGAGCGGUACGCCCAUGCUGACAUAUCCCCGUUAUAAAUACAAGAUGUGUUCCCGGAUGGCCUCGAGCAUCUUAUCAAGUGCUUUACCGGACACGGAAGCAGGUCGACAAGCUAGAAAGGAGCUAGUGGCGAGUUCUAAUGAGGACUAUCGCGAGAAAGCCAGUCGUCUCUGCCGCGACUUGCGGUAUUAUUCUGAAACUGAAACUGGCGGCCAAAGGGGUCAAGCUACCGGCCGCCUAGUUGAGUUACGUCAAAUGUUGUUUACUCACCGGUGGCAAAGCAGAUUGUUUGACACUAGGCGUUGGGUUAAUGAUUUGGAAAAUGCAUAUGAGAAGGUUUGGAGUGCUUGGGUUAAGGGCGAAGAGGGUGAUAUUUGGUUAUAA